AUGACAAAGGUUGAGCAAGCUCUGAAUGACAAAGUCUUGGAACUCCAAAACCAUAUUGAAGAAGUUAUAAGGGGAAAGAACCAAGCCCCGAUCUAUAACUUUCACUUUACCACAGAUUUAGCAUUCACAGAUGAAGUGUGGUUCGAACCCCUCCCAAAAGGGUUCAAGAUGCCAGCCAUAGAGCAAUAUGUCGGCACCACAGACCCAGAAGAUCACUUGGAAACCUUCAAGUCCCUCCUGUUCUUUCAAAGCGCUUCAGACGCUAUAAUGUGCAGAGCUUUCCCCUCCACCCUAAAGGGGUCGGCGCAACAAUGGUUCUCCCGGCUCCCUCCACGGUCUCUCGCUACUUUCACCGACCUGGGGAAAACCUUCUUGGCUCACUGUAUUAGUAGCAGAGUUCACAAGAAGACAGCCGCCAAUCUUCUAGCCAUAAAGCAGCGCCCUGAUGAAUCCAUUAGGGGUUUGCUUACCAGAUUCAACAGAGAAGCCUUGGAGGUACGCAACUUGGACCCAGUAGUGAAAUUCCAGGCGUUGCGUAGCGGAAUUCGGGAUGUCAAAUUGAAAAAGUCCUUAAUUAUGGACGAACCAGGAGACAUGUAUGAGCUGUUCUCCAAAUGCGAAAAGUAUAUCAACUUGGCUGAAGUUCUUGCAGCCGAGAAGAGAGCCCAGGAAAAGGAGGAGGCCCCCCGAGAAGCUGACGCAAAGCGCAGUAGAGAUGACAAAGAUGUCAGAAGAAAGCCAGGUGAAGGGAAAGCUUGGGUCCCUAAGGCUACCGAUCGGGAAUCCGAACCGCCUUAUACGGCUCUGACUCAAACCCAAGCGCACAUAUUGAAUGAAAUCAAAGACCAGGUGACCCUAUGGUGGCCAGCCAAGAUGGUAAAGCCAUCGCAUGAGCGUAACAAGAAUAAGUACUAUCGCUUUCAUCAAGACCACGGUCACGAUACCGAAGAGUGCAGACAGCUGAAAGACAAGGUUGAGGCUCUCAUCCAAAGAGGACGCCUAGGUCGAUUCGCCAAGAAAGAAGGAAACAAGCGCAGGCCAGAUUAUCGUGCUCGGGAGCCAGAAGAAAAACAAAGGUCACCCCUAUGA